AUGGGUGGACAGGAAGGAGAAGCAGAUCGAGCGGGAGGAUCCUUGACAGCUGCGCUGGGAGCCAGCACGACAAUCCAAAAUCUUUGGUUGUCGAGUUUUUUGGUGCGAGCCUUGCUUUCCCCGGUAUCUGGGAUGAUCUCUUUAGAGGUUUUGGUGGCGUGUGUCUAUUCACGCGCCCAGUUGUUGGAUGAAGGGUUGAAAGUUCUAGCUGGCGGCAUCGCUGGCGGCAUCGCUGACAACAGAUCGCUGAAUCUAGCUAGUUCCGAGUUCGAAUCGACGGGCCGGCCGAUACGUCUCGAAGCUUCGACAAAUCACGUCCAUCCUUUUUAA